AAUGAAGUCCUCCACAGACUAACGUAAAGUCUAGAAGGCAUACAGCUGCGUAUACUCACAUAAAUGUAGCGUAAUUAGUGACACUGUACAACAAUAAUUAAUAUUUUUACUUUACUGUGAGGGUUGGAGUAACGUUAGCUCCACAUUGGUCACUCAGUCAGGGAGGAGCGAUUGCUUCACCGGACAUCAGUCAGUCAGACACGGACUCAGGCAGCUUCAGGCUCGGUUUGGGACUGGAUAUGGGUCGGCACGGGCACAGACACCCAUUUUGGGUCAUUUUAUUUGGAUUAACGUUGUCUGUCAGCGGAAUAACACGACAUGAACUUUUUCCAUUCGGGAGAAACGCAGGCGAUCAGUCUCUCCGUGAAGGAAAUGAUGAAACGCAGGAGGUUAAUUUAGAUAAACCAAUAACCUUCCACGAUGAGCAGUUCAGCAAGAUUUACAUCAACACCAAUGGCUUUGUUGCUCUGGAGAAGCCGACAGGAGAAUCGGAGUAUCUGGAAAACAUGCCGGCCAGUUUUAAAAUGAUCGCAGCUCUUCAAGGCGACCUGGACACGAGUGACGGUGUAGGAAAGGUGUUUUUCCGGCAGGACUUUAGUACGGCUCUUCUGCAGCAGGCGGCCGAUCACAUUAAUAGAGCUUUUCCUGAGGACGACCUGGUGAACCCCAUCCAUGCUCUAGUGGUUACGUGGCUCGAUGUGGCUUCUCACAAGGCAGAGAGCAGAGGAGACGGUCUGGAGCACAGCAUAAGAAGGAACACAUUUCAGCUGGUCAUCGCUUCAGUGGAGACAUCGUCCUACGCAAUUCUUCUCUACCCAAGAGACUCAAUCCAGUUCCAGAGCACCGGGAGUGGAUACACAGUGCACGCCGGCUUCAGCAAAACACAAGAACUGUACUAUCGCAACACAGAGGACACAGAGGCGUCUGUCAAGGACUUGCCUGAGCAGACGAACUCCGGAAAGCGCGGCGUGUGGGUGUAUGAAAUCGGGACGUUCCCUCACUUCACAAACAUCGCGCCUGGAGAAGUGCCAGACUUGCCUUUGGAUUCACUCAGGAGAUCAGAAACCCAAAACCAGCAACAGCAAGUGUAUCCUGACGUCCAGCAGGAGAACCUGGAUGGGGUUUACCAUCAUCCGGAACACCCUCCGCCCAUCCAGGUGCACACGGUUCAGUUCACACCUCAAGACCCGCAGGUGGUGGAGAUCGAAAAUGAUGACAACAUUCAGGUCGACGUAUUUACAUACAACUCUGGGCAGUGUGGUGGACAAAAAUGCUCCAAGUUUGCUGAAUGCAGUGGACGUUGCUGCGUAUGUAAACCUGGAUACUACGGCAGCGGUGUUCACUGUGUGCCUGAAGGUGUUCCUCAGAGGAUGAAUGGUAAAGUGAGCGGCAGGGUGUUUGUGGGAAACUCUCCGGUGCCUGUGGAUUUCGCCAGUAAUGAUCUGCACUCGUAUGUGGUGGCAAAUGACGGCAGAGCAUAUGUGGCCAUCAGUGCUAUUCCUCCUGUGAUUGGCUUCUCUCUACAGCCGCUGUCGUCUGUGGGAGGAGUCAUCGGAUGGGCUUUCGCUCUCCAGCAGCCUGGCUUUAAGAAUGGCUUCAGCAUUAUUGGUGGAGAGUUCAAACGUCAGGCCGAUGUGAGCUUUCAGCCGGGCGGUGAGAAGUUGACAAUUUCCCAGGAGUUCAGAGGCAUCGAUGAGCACGACCAUCUGAUGGUGGAUACCAGACUAGAAGGAAAGAUUCCUGAGGUUCCUCAAGGAGCCACGGUUCAGAUCGACUCCUACUCUGAGAUCUACCAGUACAGCAUCAACUUGAUCACCUCUUCGUCCACACGGGAGUAUGUGAUCAGUCUGCCGGACGGUUCGACUCAGAGCAGAAGCUACAACUUCAGAGAAACCAUCACAUUUCAGGGCUGCCAGUUUGAUGAAGUGCCGUCCACACAGAUGCUCAGCGUGGAGCAGGUGUUCGUCAUGUACGAUAUGGGUGCACAACUUCUGCGUUACGCCAUGAGUAACAAGAUAGGAGAUGUCAAUGGUGGACAAAGUGAAGAAAACGCCUGUUUUACUGGCAGACACGGCUGUGAUACUAACGCUGUCUGCAAACCUGGACAAGGAAACCAGUUUACAUGCGAAUGCGCCGCAGGCUUUACCGGAGACGGACGUGCUUGCUACGACAUCGACGAAUGCAGGGAAACCCCUCAGAUCUGUGGGCAGAAUUCCAUCUGUAAUAACCAGCCGGGAACGUUCCGCUGCGAGUGUCUGGAUGGCUUUCAGUUCGCUAGUGAUGGACAGACGUGUGUCGAAGUGCACCGUCCUGUAGACCCGUGUCGGAGCGGCACUCAUGACUGUGACGUCCCAGAGCGCGCUCGCUGCAGCUACACUGGAGGAUCCUCAUACAUCUGCACCUGUGCACCGGGAUUCAUGGGAGAUGGCAGACGCUGUCAGGACAUCGAUGAGUGUCAGGUGAACCAGUGUCAUGAAAAUGCUGUCUGUUUCAACACACCCGGAUCUUUCUCCUGUCAGUGUAACCCUGGUUUCCAUGGUGAUGGUUUCUACUGCUCUACAGAACGUGAAAAGACGCGUUGCGAGCUGCACAAGGAAAGUGUUGUCGGGUUUGGCCCUCAUAGUGCUCGUCCUCAGCCUGGUCGGUUUGUGCCCACCUGUGACGCUCAGGGCAGGUACGAGCCCAUGCAGUGUCACGCCAGCAUCGGCCAGUGCUGGUGUGUGGACCGUGAUGGAGAGGAGAUCUCUGGCACUCGCACAGGACCGGGACGCUUUCCUGUCUGUCGUGGUCAUGAUGAGUCUGGCCCGAUUCGACCCACACCUAACCCAAACAUCAGUCCUCUACCUCCCGGCAGUCACAUCCUCUUCACUCAGAGUGGGAAAAUUGAGUAUAUUCCUUUGGAUGGCCACAACCUGAAGAAGAACGAAGCCAAGACUGCACUGCAUCUCCCGGAGAAAGUAGUGAUUGGAAUUGCGUAUGACUGCGUUGAGAAGAUGAUUUACUGGACAGACAUCAGCACACCUGCUAUUAGCAGAGCUAAUCUACAAGGAGGAGAACCGGUCCAACUCAUUAAAUCAGACAUUGGCAGUCCUGAGGGAAUUGCUAUCGACCAUCUGGGCAGAAACAUGUUCUGGACAGACUCCAUGAAGGACAGGAUUGAAGUUUCCUCACUAGACGGAACUCAGCGUCGUGUUUUGGUUAACACUGACCUGGUUAACCCGAGAGCCAUCCUCACCGAUUCCACUAAUGGCUACAUCUACUGGGCCGACUGGAACAGGGAAUCACCCAAAAUUGAGAUGGCUUACAUGGACGGCACAAAUCGGCGGGUCCUAGCCAAGGAUGAUUUGAGUCUCCCCAACGGUUUAACUUAUGACCCUCAGACGUCUCUGCUGUGCUGGGCGGAUGCUGGCACACAUAAAGUGGAGUGUAUGAAUCCCCAGCAGGGCAGACGGACACAGCUGAUGGAGGAAAUCCAGUAUCCCUUCGGACUCACUACUGAUGGAAAAAACUUCUACUACACGGAUUGGACGAGGGUUUCUGUAGUCGUGGUGGAUCGGCAUUUGAGGAGAGAAGUGGAUGAGUUUCAGCCUCAGAAACGAACACGUCUGUAUGGCAUCACCACAGCACAUGCUCGCUGUCCUGCAGGCCAGAACUACUGCUCGUCCAAUAACGGCGGCUGCACACACUUGUGUCUGGCGACCCCUGCUGGCCGCUCAUGCAGAUGUCCUGAUAAUGCUGCAGAACUGGGCUGUGUGGAGAGAGAAUGAACAAACCAGAGAAACCUCCAGGAGGAAACACAUGGCGGAGCGAUGCGUUUGUCAAGUGCCUUACUUUAUCCUUAACUUACAGAUGCUGUUUUUACAUGCAAUUCUUGCCUUUAAAUACAGUCAUGGUGCUUUAGAAAAUAAGUAAAAACAGACAGAUAUAAAUUGUGGCCGACUUUGAAAAUCUUAUUUGGUAACUCUUAUUUUUCAAUAUCUUAGAUGUUUUUGUGUGCAUUACGGAAACAAUUGCAAAAGCACAUGACUUAUGGAAAUUACUACAAUAAGAGGUUAUUUUUUUGUAAUUGUCAGAGUUAUGGUGCUUUAGACGAUUUGAAGAAGAGAAUAAUAAAAAAUCUAAAUUGUUGGCGACUUUGAAAAGUCUAUUCGAUAUUUGCAGAUAACUCAAUAUUUUUAUUAUUUAGAUAUUAUGUUGUUUAUGUCUGUGCAUAAAUGAGUACAAAUGCAAAAGCACAUGAUUUAUGGAAAUGACUAGAAUUUAGAUUUUUGUAAUUUUCAUAAAUCAUGAUGCUUUAGAGAAUUUGAAGAAUAAAGAAGCUAACAAAUAUAAAUUGUUGGCGACUGAACUUUA